AUGAAGGCGCCUUUUUUUCUCUUUCUACUAUCAUUGUCGUGUUCAAUAUCGGUGGCUACAGCAGAUGAAAAGCCGUGUACAACACAUGCUUCCAAUGGGGACUACUUCGAUUUGAACCCACUCAAAGCCAGCAAGGACUACACAUUCUCCUCUCCGGGUGGGAAGGAAUUUAGGAUCAAUGUGUGCAGAUCUGUCGCGUCAGAGAUUUGGGGUCUUGACGACCCGGACGUUGGCGGGGUUGUUAGACGGGACCACGGGGAUUUCUCACUUGGAAAGACCAACACCACUUUGGACCUCUCACCCGACAAUACUGUCCGAAUAGUACUGACUUCUGGUUCGCAAUGCAAUUCCCAGAAUACAGCCAACACCGUCAUCGAAUUCAUAUGUGAUACUUCUGUUUUCGGCGCCGGAACGCCCAGACUGCUAGUGCAGUUACCUCAAGGAGAUGACGAAGCCUGUGCAUUCUUUGUGGAAUGGCGGACACAUUUUGCUUGUCCUGCCGGCGAACGCUCUGGACCAUGGGGAUUCUUCGCAUCUCUUAUUGUCAUUAUUCUCAUCUUUCUCAUGCUUUACCUUACCCUCGGAACUCUUCACAAUCGAUACGUUCUACGUCUACGUGGAUUCGACCAAAUUCCUCAGUUCAACAUUGAGUCGAUGCGGUACCAUCUCAAGGAAGGCGUAGAUUUGUUUAAAGACUGGAUGGCAGGGAUGUAUGAAGGCGGUCAAGGUGCAGGCUGGACACGGACCGGUGGAUUUGGCGGAAGAACCAACCCUGUAAGCCAUCAGAGUGGCGUGGAUGCGGGAGAUUUCGAAAGGGGAUUCGUCAGGCCGCCUCGUAACGGAACUGCAGGGAGAACUAAUCCUAUAUCGCAUCAGUCCCAAGUCCAAAAUCCACAACCCCAACCUCAACCGGAUCUGCAGCCGCAGCCGCAGCAUCCGAAGAGGAAAGAAGAAGGGACCACUGAGGAGAGGGCUCCGUUCAUGUUAGGUGACGAUGACGAUGAUGAUGAGGCGAGCAAAGCACCGCCGCUUAACAGUCCGACCCAACCACAUUCGUCUACGCAAACCGUCACUUCGACAUCAUCAUCAGAGUUGACGGUGACGUCAACUCAACCUGCCGCAGAGACCGUCAACGACGCCGCCGCUUUCAGAGGUCGAGAUUUGGGUAGUGAAGGGGUUACUCGUCUGUAA